AUCACUGCGAGUUCCAAUUAUCUCAGCUAUUAUCCACACAAAGGACGGCUCAAUGGAGACAGCGGUUGGUGUCAGCAGUCUUCUAGAAUCACCGAUGACUAUAUACAGGUUGAUAUUGGAGCAGGACGCACAGUAUGCGGAGUCGCUACGCAAGGAAAGGCAAACGGAUCGUUUAUAAAAAGCUACAGGCUCUCCUUUUCUACUGAUGGUUCCAGUUGGACUGCAUAUAAAGAGCAAAACGUCGAAAAGGUAUGAAACGUGACGGUCAGGUAUUUUCUGUGUGCAUGCGCAGGCUGAGGGAGGAUUUACCGGUUGGGAAUAGUUAAAAUUGAUGUAAGAAUAAUAAAUAAUCUUCAGGAUAAAGGAUAAUCUCGGUUUUCUCUAAAAUUUUGAGUUUUUCCGUUUUCUCAAAGUGAUAACAGAUCUUGUCCUCUUCUCCAUCAAAAACAUGUGGAAAGGUGGUCCGGUUCUGCUGUGUCCACAGCGACUGAAAUAUGUCUGUCUAUGGAAACACUUGUUAGCCGUUACGUUUCCGCAAAGGAAACAAAGGUUUCGUCAACACUUACGUAACCAGAAUUUUGGUUUUUCGUCCAAUGACAUCAGCUAAGGGAUUCAAUGAGAUCUUAAUACAGAUUUAGUAAACAAACUGUAUCAGGGAAGGGGGGAAUCUCUUUGAAGCAGCUUAACUGAGAAUAAAGUUCCCCUUAUGAUUAAGUGGUUUCUCCUUUUUUUUGUUUGUUUUUUUUUUUUCAUUGUAGAUCUUUGAAGCGAAUUCAGACUUGAAUACCAUUAUAAAACACACACUGAAUAACCCAGUUCAAGCAAGAUACCUUCGAUUUUAUCCGGUCACCUUUUCUCAGUACCCUUGUAUGAGGAUCGAAGUGUUCGUGCAGUAA